UGAAACUCCAAUUCGCCGAUUUGGAUUGUUCUGUUGGGGUGAAGGAUCCGGGAACCCUUUUUUAAACCAAUCGCCUCCCCUACUCAAAAUCACCGGUCAAUUAGUAUCCUUCUAAAAGUAAAUCACCAAAUUUUCCACAUUGGAAAUCACUGCAAUUCCUUUCAAAAUCACCGGAUUUCCCAUCUGAGCUAAUUGACCUAAAAAGUCACCAAAUUAUACAUCUUGAAAUUCAUUCAAUCCCGUAUGGACAUGAACCAUUUUUUCACAUCCCUUCUUUACUUCUCCCAUGAGCAGUUUAAUGCACUCUUUUCUCUCAAAACCUUCAAAAUCGUAUUUAGUGGGCCAUCUUCUGUCCCUAUUGCAGGUUCCAUUAACUCUCAACCAACUCCAUCAAAUCCAUUCUCAGAUAAUCAUAAACCAGCUCUCCAAAACCCACCAUUUGAUUGCCAAUUUCUUGACUUCAUGUUUGAAUCUUCACCAUUUGCACUACGUUUCUCUUGUUUACAACCAGAACCCAACUCUUUCUCUAUCUAACUUCAUGAUUAGAGCUUCUAUACAAUGUGGGUCUCUAGGGAAUGCCGUGUUUUUCUUUAGAAGGAUGCUCAGUAGCGAAAUGUGUCCGGAUAAUAACACAUUUUUGAUGGUUCUUAGAGCAUGCGCUGCAUCUAAUGGAAUUGUUGUGGGGCAGAGCAUUCAUAAUACGAUUUUGAAGAUGGGUUUUGAUUAUGAUGGACAUUUGCAAACUACCAUUUUAGACAUGUAUGCAAAAAACAGAGAUUUAGGUUCUGCUCACAAAGUGUUUGAGAGAAUGCGAGAGAGAGAUGUGGUGGCUUGUAAUGCGAUGAUCAUGGCGUAUAGCCGACAUGGCCAUGUCGAACUAGCACUCGAGAUUUUCAAGGGAAUGAAUAAAAAAAACAAUGUAUCAUGGAAUGCCAUGAUCGAUUGUUACUGUAAAUCUGGCAAUUUGGAGGCUGCUCGCCAGAUUUUUGACAGGAAUCCGGCGAGAGACAUGGUUUCAUGGAACACCAUGAUCACCGGAUAUUGCAAAUCUGGUAUCCUUGCAUUGGCGAAAGAGUUGUUCGAUGCCAUGGAUUCAAGGAAUUCGAUAACUUGGAACACUAUGAUAUCUGGUUAUGUCCACACUGGGGACUUUACUGAUGCGUUCUCAUUGUUUCACCAGAUGCAAGUUGAGAGAGUGAGAGUUAAUGAGGUCACAUUGGUUAGCUUGUUAUCAGCUUGUGCUCAUUUGGGUGCUUUGGACAUGGGAAAAUGGAUCCAUGCCUAUAUGAGACACAAGAGGUUCAAGUUUGAUGUGGUAUUAGGUACAGCUCUUGUAGACAUGUAUUUGAAGUGUGGGAGCUUAGAUAUUGCUUUACAAAUCUUCAAAGAAUUGCCCCACAAGAAUAUUUUCAGUUGGAAUUCAAUUAUAUCAGGGUUGGCAAUGCAUGGAUAUGGCUUAGAGGCCAUAGAUGCUUUCAAUAGAAUGAGAGAGUGCAAUAUUAAGCCUGAUGGGGUCACCUUUGUGGGGCUCCUAUCUGGGUGUAGCCACUCCGGUUUGGUCGAUGAAGGGAAGGGGCUUUUCUCUCUCAUGAGAGAUGAGUAUGGGAUAGAGCCUAAGGUCGAGCACUAUGGGUGCAUGGUUGACCUUUUGGCUCGAGCAGGGCUCUUGAAAGAAGCCAUUGUGCUCAUUGAGACAAUGCCUGUCGAGCCCAACCCAGUUGUGCUAGGGAGCAUACUUCAUGCUUGCGAGGUCCACAAAGACAUCGAACUAAGUGAGAGAAUGAUCAAGAGACUCUUAGAAUUGGACCCUCGAGAUGGGGGAAACUAUGUCUUCCUGUCAAAUGUGUAUGCUUGUAGGAAGAAUUGGGAUGAUGUUGAUGCUAUUAGGAAGGAAAUGAGAGACAGAGGAGUCAGGAAAACUCCGGGUUGUAGCUUGAUCGAGGUGAGCAAUGCUGUUCACGAAUUCACAGUCGGAGACUCGUCGCACCCACAAUUUGCGCAAAUAAGCGCGUUUUUGGAUGAAAUAAAUUGGGGUGUGAGAGAGAUUGGCUACGAAGCGAAAACCGAGCCAGUUUUACAUGACAUUGAAGAGGAGGAGAAGGAGAGUGCAGUCAGGUAUCACAGUGAGAAGCUGGCCAUUGCAUUUGGCCUAAUGAGCACAGAGCCUGGAAGUGUUAUAAGGGUGGUGAAGAACCUCAGAAUAUGUAGUGAUUGCCAUGUUUUCAUUAAGUUCUUAUCCAAGAAGUAUAAGAGAGAAAUUAUUGUGAGGGAUAAAAGUAGGUUUCACCAUUUUAGAUAUGGGGCUUGCUCUUGCAAGGAUUAUUGGUAAACAAAAGAUAAUAACAAUAAAAGACAUUUACUUGUGCACAAUAUAAGAAUUUGAU